AUGCUCUGCUGGCAUCCGAAGCUGCCGCCCGUGGCGGCUGUGAGUCGCAGGGGCUUGAUCAGCCAACACCGGACCGGUGACUUCCUCAGUUUGCGCUAUGACAUUCUGAGAGAGCUGGGGAGCGGCGCGUUCGGCGUCGUCCACUUGGUGCGGGAGCGGGCUACAGGUCUUGAACGAGUCAUCAAGAUCGUGACGACGAAGAACCUAGCGCCACGACUGCUGGACAACAUGCGCCGUGAGAUCCAGGUGCUACAGGAUCUGGAUCAUCCGAACAUCGUGCGGCUCUUCGAAUUCGGUGAGGACACCAGGAAUCAGAAGAUCUAUCUUCUCAUGGAGAAGCUGUCGGGGGGCGACCUCGACGACCUGUUGGAAAGGAGUGGCUGCUUGGGUGAACAUCUGGUCUCCCGCAUCGUCCGCCAGGUGCUGUCCGGCGCAGCCUUUUGCCACGAGCGUGGCGUUCUGCACCGGGAUUUGAAGCCCGGCAACAUCAUGUUGGUGUGUGCGGAUUUGCACGAGCAGAGCUUGGCCUGGCUCACCGGCUGCUGCCUGAGUCCCGAGCUGAAAGAAGGCAGCUACAACUGCAAAAUCAUCGACUUCGGGUUAUCUGCGACCUUUGAUCCAACCGACCCCGGUGGCGGCAUCACAGAUGUGAAUGGGACUCCGGCCUACAUGGCACCAGAAGUCUGCAAAAGGAUGGGCAAGUAUGCAGCAAAAGCCGAUGUUUGGUCCAUCGGCGUUCUCACCUACGAGCUGCUAACGGGCAGUUUACCUUUUGGUGAUGCCUCCGACUAUUCUGGCGGUUUCAAAGAGCUCUUCGAGAUCACCAAGCAGUACGAAAACUUGGAGUCCUUUUGGGCAUUGAUGCCGGAGGACCACUGGCACGAGGCCAAGGCCAAAUGGCUUUCUCGCAGCCUCGGGGUGCGAAAGUUCGUCUCGACGCUCCUUUGCUGUGACCCCGAGCACAGGCCCUCGGCGGUUGAGGCUUUGAGAAGCCCUUGGUUCGAGUUGUACAGACCUGCCCGCGACGGGCUCACGCCGGAGUUGUUUCAGUCUCUUCUCGACUACGCAGAGGAGACGCAUUUCGUGAAGGUUUGCUUGCUGCUCAUCGCUGCCCGUUUGGGUAGUGAAAGCCUAGAACCGUAUCGCGCUGCAUUCCUGGGCAUCGACACGGAGGGAAACGGCAGUCUCUCGCGCGCCGAGUUCUUCGAGGCUGUGCAGAACCUCCAGGACUGCGACUCCUGUUGCCCUUUGAGCCGUCGGAAGGUGUCCAAGUGGUUCGAGCAGUGCGAUCUGAACAAGAACGGCCGCCUGGAGUACAGUGAGUUCCUGGCCGCCUGCCUCCACGCACAACUGCACGCUUUGGAGAGUCCUGACGAUCUUCACGGUGAGGCCCUCGCUCUCUGGAUCUCCGACUGGCAGGUCAUUGUGGGGCUUACGGCGAUCACCAUAGAUCUGAUCAUGGGCAUCAUCACCGUUCGGUACUUUCCUUUUUCGGGUAGAGCAUCCAGGACACCGGAGGAACAGCGAGCAGAGGUGAAGAUAUUGGGCCGUUUCCGGCUGUUCGAUUUAUUUGGGGUGCAGAUGUUGUCCUUCGGCAGCUUAAAGUCUUCGCCAGCCGCUGCCUUGGUAGUGUGCAUGGUGCAUCCGGUCAUUCUUGGUUUUUUUGUUUGUUACUAUGACAACAUUCAACUUCGAGCGGCCAGGAAGGGGAGUCGCCAGUCUGUAGUCGUUGCGGACUCCUUGAUGCCGACCAGCGUGUACACAGACAUUCAAAUCGGGAAUCUCCUUCAGUGUGUCGCGAUCUUUGCUGGCCAGAUUAUGCUUUGUUGCCUCGUGCUGCAGGGAGUAUGGGAAAUCGUGUGCAUUGUUGAGAACAGCUGGGAGUGGGAAUGGGCAAGCUUUUGGAGUGUGUACUUCGGAAAGCCAGGCGUGAGAGCCCAGUGCUGGGCGUGGAGUCGUGUGGGUAUGUCCUUCGUGGUCAACUAUUACUUUCAGAAAACCACGGUUUUGGUACUGCCUCUGUUCUUGAUGGAAUCAAGGGAUUGCAGCGAGUUUGUGAAGGAUGCGACAUCUGUGUUGUUCAUCGCCAAGAUUGACGAUAUUAUUUUUGCCGAGAGUCAUCGCGUUCCUCUCAAGAGUCGGGAUGAAACAGAAGAGCCAGAUCUCUCCACAGAUUUCAUUGCCUUCCUUUCUCUUGGAAAUGGUGUAGAGGAAGAAUUGCUGACGUUGACCUCUUUCAGCAUCCUGUACUCCAGGAAAAGAGCGCGUGAGAAGGGUCGCGGUGGCUUCCCCCAGAUCAGAAGAUGGAACCUGCCGCAAGACCGGGAGAACCGGCGCUCUCGAACCGUGCAUUUUCCGCCUUGGACUCCGACGGGGAUGGCCGAGCAACCCGAGGAGCUCCGGGACUCUCGGCUUGAGAAUUUUGACAUCCAAGAGUCCGCAAAGAGUUUCGUAAAGAAACAUCCGAUCCCUGAAGAAGGCAUGCUCCAUUGCCCGUGUGUACAUCAAGAAGUCUAG